AUGAUGGAGAUUUGUGUAUUCCGCUAUGGCGGAAGCGAAAUGGGCGAAUUUAGCCCAUAAUAUUUUAGAAAUAAUAUUUUCUUAUUUAGAUCUUAGUGAUUUACGUGUUUGUGCAUUGGUAUGCAAAAAUUGGUACAAAUUUCUUAAUGAUGAAGACAACGAUGUGUGGCGUAUGCACUGUGUCCGCAAACUCGCGGAAGAAGCCCUGCGAUCUGACAUUUUAUCCAGUGUUCCGACGUACAAAGCUAAACUACGAGCGUUUUACCAUGCUUGGGACCCCCGCGAGUGUUCGCGAAAUGUGUAUAUUAAAUCGAACGGUUUCACACUUCAUAGGAAUCCUGUAGCGCAAAGUACUGAUGCAGCGAAAGGUAAAAUAGGUUUUAGGACUGGACGGCACUGUUGGGAAGUAUGGUGGGAAGGUCCGCUUGGUACAGUAGCCGUGAUAGGUAUAGCGACCAAAGAAGCUCCUGUGCAAUGUCCAGGAUAUGUUGCACUUUUGGGAUCGAACUCUGAAAGUUGGGGGUGGAAUUUGGUGGACAAUCAUUUACUACAUAAUGGUGAUAGCCAAGGAAACUACCCUCAGCUUAACAAUGCUCCAAAAUAUCAGCAAGUCAUGGAUUUUGCUCCCAUGGUGCCUGUGCAGGUUGGAGAACGAAUACGUGUGAUCUUGGACUGUGAAGACAAUACACUUGCCUUUGAAAGAAACUAUGAAUUCUUAGGAGUUGCAUUCCGAGGCCUACCAGAUAAGAAAUUAUAUCCUGCAAUUUCAGCUGUGUAUGGAAAUACUGAAGUGUCAAUGGUUUACUUGGGCCACCCUCUAGAUGGUUGAAGAAGCUGCACUUAGCUGUAGUUGAUUUCAUAGUUUGACCGAAUUAAUGGCUGACACCAGUAAUUUGGACUUUUUAACUAAGGACUCCUUUCACAGUGCCAUGUUUGAUACCAAAUGCCAUCUCUAAGUUGAAUGAUGGAAAUCCUACAGGCUGGUUUAAAUUGAAUGAGCGCAACUAUUCUCCAGUCCCUUGAUCAAGCUGAUAAGUCAUCACUGCAAAAUUCUGAAUAACUAAAGGAACCAUACAAGCUUUCAGACAUUCAAAAUAUUCUAUCAUAAAUUUCUCAUUAAUUGCAUUCGCUGAAUUGGAAUGUCAUCAGGACUGUGAAAUAUCAGAGCUGAGUGACUGAAUCUAUAUUCAUAUAAACAAAAUAUUUAUUUUAUACUUGAAACUGCUUGCAUGUUACGAGUAUGAAGAUAUACAAAAAUCAUUCCAGUUGCUCAAAUUCUGCAUUAAUUUCAGUUCAUUGAGAUGAGUGAGUGAAUGCCUAUUAAUUUCUCUUGUGCGGUAUUAUUUAUUUAUUCAUUCGGAUUGAAAGUUGUUUGGGAGUGGAGCAAGAGCAACAGCUUUUAGUUUUAAAAUCUUUUGUAUGAUUGCAUGAUAAUUGUGUCACAAUUUUGUGUUGGUCAGUAUUUAUAAAUUAGAAUAUAUAGAUUUCUUUCUUAUUAUAAUUUAAUAUUAAUUAUAUAUUGUUGGAUUGUUAUAUGUUGUUGACUUAUUUUUUUCUUAUAAACUAUUUUAGUACUCUUUUUGUUAGUUUAAAAAUAGUUAUUGUCAAGGACAAAUAUUAGUAAAAAAGUUGCCAAAAUGCAGCAUCUUGUGCUGUGUGAGAUUGAUGGAAAAUCUUUGUAAUAUAAGAUUGUGUUUUUGGUGCAGAUUUUGAAUACAAAGAUAACUUUAUUUUUACAUAGAUUUGUUUCUUUUUUUUUUUUUUUUUUUUUCUGUUUACAAUUUUGUAUUGUAAUAAUAUUUACUUAUAAAAUUCAAAGUUUCCUUAUCACAAUUUCAAUUAUGUUAUAGCAUCUGUGAUAAAAGUUUAAAAAUUAAGUCAUAUAAAUAAUAUGUAUAAAAAAAUUUGUUGUUAAUUUUCUGGCAAAAAUUUGGAAACGUAUUUUGUAUUCUAAUUUCUUUUUUUCAGAUUUAAAAUAUUUCUUUAUGCUUAUAAAUUAUUUUUUACCAUUGCUUGCCAUAUAUUUUCUUGGAUCAUUUAGUGUAAUUGAUAAUUGUCAUCAAAUUUUAUUAUUUUUAUGGUCUUAAUUCUUUUCUUUAUAUUAGUGGAAAAAGCAUAUUCUGUUCUAUUUUAAAAUCAGUUGAUAUUAUCUUGCACUAAUUAAAAUUGAAAGCUUAGCAUAAAAUUUUAAAUAAUCAAAAUAUCUCUGUAUAUUUAGUAGUACUUUCAAAGUAGUUUGAUUAAAUAGAUCAAGAUAAGUUUACUGAAAGUAUCUUAAUAUGAGUGAUCAAAUUUCAUCGAAAUGAAAAGAAGUAUAUUUAUCACAUAUGGGAUUUUUUCUUCCAUGAAGCAAGUUACUGCCAUGAGCAUAAUACUUUUAUUAUCAUGUUGAAUGUGCUAUGCUUGUAGUCAUUAUUUGUGUUCAUAUGUUUGCAUGAUUAAUUCUUAACUUAUGGAUUUAUUUUGUCACUUUUCAUCAACUGCAAUAUGUUCAAAUAUAUCUUUUGCUGUGUUCAUCAGCAUUAACAAAGAAUUAUUUCCUUCAUAUUCGGGAGUUUAAAUUGAGUGUGUUCUGAGGUUUAUUUCAUUAUAUAUUUCCUGUUGUAGAAUCUCAGUCACAAUUUAUUUUUAAAGUAUUGAAUUCACCCAUUGAUAUUUGCUGCAUUAAACUAAAUUGUUGUUGCUCUUGUUCCAUGGAACUUGUGAAACGGUCUUCAGUUCAAGUGACAAAGUUUUGUUAUUUAUUUAUUCUUUUUUAAUGUUUUACAUUAAAGUUGUAUUUAAAAAUA